AUGGUCUCCGUGUGCUUGAAUGUUGUGCCGCGCAGUUUCAUGUACCGCUUGGCCCGAAGAAGCUUCACGAAGCGGGACGAGAACGUUCGGAAGCAGCAAUGCCAGCGCUGGUGCAAGGACAUGGCUUUUUGGACGGUGAGCUUUGCCUUCUCUGCAUUCCAUCUGCUGCUGAUCACCGCCUUCUUGGCCAAUCUAGGUGAAGAGCAUGAAUGGAAGUGGUUCAUCUCCUUUUCAGUGGUCAUCAUCCGCAAGCUUCUGAUCGUCCCAGUGCUAGCAUGCUUUUUCUCUGGUGCCAUUACCCUCACAGCAGCCCUUGCGCGGCCUGAGUUCAGAACGACGCCACCCAAAAAGUUGGCAUUGGAUCUUGAUCUCCUCGAUGAGGAUCCAUCCCAAGAACAGGACGCUGCAUGGGCCGAAAAAGUGGAGGAAUUGGCCAUGCGAGGCAUUACAAUCCGUCAACUGCUGGACUUCUACGCCACCUUGCCCAGCAUGAUGCCACACUUUGAUCCCGACGAGUCUACCACUCACGACGUGGUACGGCAAGCCAUUAUUCCCAUGUCCUUGCAGAUCUGGAGUCUACGCUCCUUCGUGGUUCGGGUACAUUCCGCCAAGUGCUCGAAGCGAGGAACUCGAUCGUCAGAUGGACUAUGCGUGGUGAAGGUCCUGGACAAAGAGCUGCAGCACAAACCAUGGCGAGGAGGUGGCCAAACAGUGGCCAGCGAGCAGCUCGUUUGGGAGGAGGAGAUUCUGCUGGAAGAUGUAGCCAAGCAAGAGAUCAUCCAGUUUGGCCUUUGGAUGGGCCAAGAAUCUCUUGGAGAAGUUCAGCUGAAAGCUUGUGUUUGCUGGCAAGGAUUUUAUGGAUCCCUGACGAUCAAGGAUGAAGAGACCUUCUUCUGUGUGUCAGUACGUCCUUAUGACUCGGUCCAUGAGGCGCGUGCAGCAAUGUCAAGCUCGAUGUGGAUUCCUGCGCCCUGUGGCGCCCGUUCAUCGAGCAUCCUUCGGUCAUCCUCGCGUCCAGGAUUGCUUGACAGCGGCGUUGACGCGGAAAGACUGGAAGGUGUAUUGGAAGUUCGCCGAUUCUCAACUUCCUCGAAGCUGACGGAAAGAAGACGGGGUGAGGACUCGAAGCCAGGCUUUGCAUAUGCCACCUGCGCCAAUGGUGGCCAUGGACGUUUAGCGCAGAAAAUGGUCACACAUGCUUGGGGCAACAAGUUCAGUCAUUUGCUUGGAGCUGUUUUGGCGGAUGCUUUGCAAGAUGCGACCUAUGAUGGCGUCAGCCGAAUUCUGAAGCAGGGAGAUACAGUGUCAUUGUUCAACAAGCUGCAAAGCAAGGGCAAGUUGGACGUGCCGUAUUGGAUUUGCGCUCUUUGUGUGAACCAGCAUGCGGGGAUUUGCGCCCGUCCCCCACCAACGGAUUCGACUGGGCAUGCAAUUGCUCCCUGCGAAUGUACCACUGCCAAGCACUUCGACGGUGCGUUGAGUGAAAUGAACAAGUUCGAUGACAUGAUGAUCUUCUUGAAGCGCACGCUUCGACAAGAAGCGCGGGAGAAUCACUCUGAUGUCCAACUGGAGCAGGUGGUGGCCAUUGACGUAGACUUCAAUCUCCUCACCCGCGUCUGGUGCGUGGCUGAGCUGGUCGCGGCCCGGGAUCUUCAUCUGCAUCAGGCAGUUCAGAUCCACUCGGCGGCGCGCCGGAACUCGUGCCUAGAUAAACUUCAAAUCUUAGAUGUGAGGGAGGCAAAUGCAUCCUUCCCUGCAGACAAGGACCUCGUCUUGAGCAAAAUCGACGACGUGGAUGAUUUUAAUUUGAGCUUGCAGGAUUUGAUGCUGCACCGUUUGCAAAGCUUCUUGCACGGGAAUGAAGUCCGUGCAGCGGCCAAUAUUUGCGAUGAUGUCGUACUUGGACUUCUUACUGUUGUCCUAUAA